CGCCAGGUCUAGAGGACCAAUGAGGGAACAGUUCGAGGGCCCUGCUGCUUCCAGAAAACAGGUGAAGGAAAAGUAGCCAAACUUGAAGCUGGCGGGAGUGGCCCUUGGAGCUGCCAGGUUUCGGUGUCCCAGAGAGGCGGCUUUUCCGCCUCCUUCCCUUAAGUUCAAGGUUCAUUGCAGUCACCAAACCGGUAACUGAAGGAGGCCGACCAAAGAGAAACAAGUUUAGUUGAGUUCCUCACUCACUAUUGUGACAGGAUGAAUGUGGGGGUGGCCCACAGCGAGGUGAACCCCAACACAAGGGUGAUGAACAGCCGAGGCAUCUGGCUAGCCUACAUCAUCCUUGUAGGCCUCCUGCAUGUAGUUCUACUCAGCAUCCCCUUCUUCAGCAUCCCCGUAGUCUGGACCUUGACCAAUGUCAUCCAUAACCUGGUUAUGUAUGUCUUUCUGCACACUGUGAAGGGGACACCUUUUGAGACCCCCGACCAAGGCAAGGCCCGGCUCCUUACACAUUGGGAGCAGAUGGACUAUGGGCUCCAGUUCACCUCCUCCAGAAAGUUCCUCAGUAUUUCUCCCAUUGUGCUCUAUCUCCUGGCAAGCUUCUACACCAAAUAUGAUGCUGCUCACUUUAUCAUCAAUACUGCUUCACUACUCAGCGUACUACUACCUAAGUUACCCCAGUUUCAUGGUGUCCGUCUCUUUGGAAUCAAUAAGUACUAAGAUUUGACAAUGACCACUUAGAUGCAGG